AUGUUAGAUCUUCUUUUCUCCGACAUCGCAGCUUUGAGAUCCGCCUCCAGUAUGAUCCCUCUGACGAGGUGGUGCCACGAACCGGCCGGUCUGAGUCGGUCAACCGGGUUGGCCAGACGCCAGGUCUCGGCCACCACCGGUCCUCCAUCAGCUCACCUCUCCUCCAGGCAUCGCGGGGUCCCCGAGCCCACCGAGCAUCGCGACUCCACGCACAUCCGCACCGUCCGAUUGACCUCACAUCCUUCGGCCGCGGUGACACGACGUCCGCCCCUCUCAAGCCACGACUCGCGACAGCACCGAACGCUGCCGGUCCACGAGACCGGCACA